GUGGCUUCAGGAGAACUUAUUCUCUUUCCUUUCUUACACCUCUCUAAAUUUUCUUCUCUCAUCGCAAAGCGCAGAGAGUCUCUGCAUCUUCUUCGAUUCCCCUUGUCUUGUUUAUGAGCUCAAAGGAGAAACCCACUCUUGGUGGUACGCGGAUUAAGACCCGCAAACGGAAUAUUGCAGCGCCUCUGGACCCUGCAGCAUUUGCGGAUGCAGUGGUCCAGAUUUAUUUGGAUAAUGCUGGUGAUUUGGAACUUGUUGCCAAGAGCAUUGAGUCUACAGACCUUAACUUCUCAAGAUACGGUGACACCCUUUUUGAGGUUAUCUUCACAGGGGGCCGUACACAACCUGGAACAAUUAAACCUGAUGAAGGGGACCGCCACCCUUACUCUGUAAUUGAGUGUGAACCUAGACGUGAAGUCAUUUUGCCAUCUGUAAUCUAUGUGCAGAAGAUAUUGAGGAGAAAACCGUUUCUUAUAAAGAAUCUUGAAAAUGUUAUGCGGAGAAUGUUGCAAUGUUUGGAGUUCUUUGAGGAAAAUGAGAGGAAGAAGUUGGCAAUUUUUACAGCCCUUGCCUUUUCCCAGAAGCUUUCUGGCCUCCCGCCAGAAACGGUUUUCCAGCCAUUGCUCAAAGAUAACCUUGUUGCCAAAGGGCUAGUCCUCUCAUUUAUCACAGACUUCUUUAAAGAAUAUUUGGUUGACAACAGUCUUGAUGAUUUGAUCUCAAUCCUUAAGCGGGGUAAAAUGGAAGGUAAUCUCUUGGAGUUCUUCCCUUCGGCAAAGCGGACACCUGAAGCUGUCUCUGAGCAUUUCAC